AUGGCCGGCAGUACAAGUGAUGACUCCAGUCUUGAAAGUUUGUCUUCAUCAGCGGAGGUUAUAUCAACUGGGCAGGUCUGCCAGACUAGCGAUUCUGUCGGAGAAUGGCGAUCAUCUGAGCAGGUUGAGAAUGGGACUCCGUCCACCUCUCCCCCUUACUGGGACACUGAUGACGAGGAUGAUUUUGGUAAGUUCGUUUCGCUCAUUAUAUUCUCUGAUUGACCUGUUCUUGUAUUAUCUUGUUUGUGUUAUUCUUGCAUGACAUUUGAGUGAAAUUUAUACCGUUUCCAUUAAUUUUUUUCAAGAUUAUCUUCUCCUUUUCUACCAGUUGGCUACUGAUUUGGUGCAGUCUAUCAUUUUCUUUAACCUUUUUAACCUUACAUGAGUGAUUCCUUUUGUAGGACCGAAACCUUCUGAUCUAUACGGGAAGUUUACCUGGAAAAUUGAAAACUUUUCUCAGAUUAGCAAAAGAGAGCUACGAAGUAACGUAUUCGAAGUUGGUGGCUACAAGUGGUAAGAGUCUCCUGUGUUUACACUUAAAAAAUAUACAUAUUCAACUCGGGAUCUUCAUCUUUCUUCUCAUUGUCCUCUCUCUUUGUGGUGUGAGUCUUCUUUUGCAUAAUGCUAGAAAGCUAUAUCUGCAGUAUUUGCUAGCAGUUCCCGCCUUGCUUUAUUUAUGAGGCAUGGACAUUUAAGUUAAUUAUUUUUGGAGAAAGGUUGAGGCAGGUAAUUGACGUAAGUCUCUUUUUAUGAACAUAGUGUUUGUGCCAUUUUAAAUUGAUAUUUUGUUUCUUUGGAGAUAGUAUACUUCAAUGGUCAUACCCUUUCGAGCUCUUUCCUACUAAGCUUCACUGUACUCCAGCUUGUUUGCACUUCACUGAGGUCCCUUAUCAGGAUGGUACUGGCAUUGUGGCGGGCUGACGAUGGGAUUCAAGGAGACAUAGUACCUUAGUUUACCAGACUUUGCCUUGGUCAGAAUUUCUGACUUUCGAGAAAAAAAUUGGAAACUACGGGAAACCAAAAACAGAAACGUAAUGGCUUUCAAACGACUUAGGAAGGUUUGAUCCGUGGUGAGCUAGAUUCGGAUCCCUAUAAGAGAGACUGAGGUGCAUAUUUUCAUGUGUUGCAAAUUGAAGUCACUAAUUCGUUUAACUUGCACAUUCAAGGAUGAGAUGGGUUUUUCUUUUUACAUAGAUGCACAUACUCAUUCCCUCUAAGAUAUACAUGCAGAGAGGGUGAGCUUCAUCUUGUAAGUGUUUUCUAUCAAUGGAGGAGGUGAGUAUUGCUUUUUAAAAGUCUGAGAUGAUGCACGUAAGUCUCUAAUAUGUUGGGAAAAAAUCUUGCCAGUGUUUGUGUAGCAUGUUUGUCUGUAUGACAUGAGCUCAUGUUGAACGCCUAAUUUAAAACUUCUAAAGCAUUGAUUGAAACAUAGAUCUAGUUUUAAAGGUUUGAAACCUCCUAGUUAUGGAUCCAAAUGGGUCAAGAAUGAGAGAAGUCAAAGAAAUUAAAAGUUUGCGGAUACAAAGUACCUGCUUGUUGUCUUUUUCUUCUGUGUCGAUAAUAUUGUGCAUUUGUUUUGUCACUCACUCUUCACUAUUACAGCAUUUUUUUUAUUGCAGUUAAUAAUUGUGAGUACUUGUCUUGAUGGAAAUUGCUCACAGGUUAGCAUGGAAAUCAGAAGAAAUAUUUAUAUUUAUGAAAAAUAUUUUGUAGUGAGUGCUUUAGCCAUAUACCCUUUUGAUGAUCAAUUUCUCUUUGAAUUAAAAUUCGUAAUGAUUUGUAAUAUUACAUCACCUUACUGAGAGGCUCAACAGACUGUGGAGCUUUAUUUGUCUUUUAUUAUGAGAAUAUGUGCUGGUGUGGCUGCUGUUUGUCCCACUAUUUUUUUCAGGUUUCAAGAUCUUUUAUUGCAGAUUUAAGUUCUAGAUUUAGGAUGUGGCACCUGAUACAUUGCUAAUCAUAUUGGUAAAUGUGACAUGCAACAUCUACAUGGAUAUGCGAUAAUGCACUUCAUUGUAUUUUUUAUGGCAAGUAUACUUUGGAUCACGAAAAAUGGUCUUGGAUUUGCAGGUAUAUUUUAAUCUACCCACAAGGAUGUGACGUGUGCAAUCAUCUCUCUCUUUUUCUGUGUGUUGCUAAUCAUGACAAAUUACUUCCAGGUUCGCAUAUGUAUCCUUGUUGUUAAUGUUGUUGUUGUUCAGUAAUGCUGCUUUUAUUAAGUUUGCAAGUUUUAUAGGUUGGAGCCAUUUUGCACAAUUUACGAUAGCUGUGGUAAACAAAGAUUCAAAGAAAUCCAAAUAUUCUGGUCAGUCAAAACUGGCAUUUCAUGUUAUAUUUGAUGUUUCUACAAUCUUUACUGUGGUUGACUAUUUCAUGCUCAUAAGAGUUUAUGAACAAAAAAUUGCAGAUACGUUACACCGAUUUUGGAAGAAAGAGCAUGAUUGGGGAUGGAAAAAGUUUAUGGAAUUGUCAAAAUUGUCUGACGGCUUUAUUGUUGCUGAUGCUCUUGUGAUCAAGGCCCAGGUUCAAGUAAUUAGGUAUGGAUAUUUCAGUUGCGGUAUUUGAAAGUCGCAGAGAAGUCAUGUAGAUUCUAAUCUUCUUCUUAAUUUUAGCCUUUCUAUUUGGUUAUAUGUAUGGCUUCUUGUUAACUUUUGUUGAUGAAAGGGAAACACUUUCGUAUGAAGGAAAUCGAAAUCUAACUUGCAAUGUUCGUUUGUUUUCAUGGCAUAGGGUUAUAAGUCACCUUACGAAAUGGCUUUGCCUGGGGUAUUUUUACUUGAGUUUGAAGUGCUAAAAUUUUGAUCUACUCUUUAGAAUUCGUUAGCUGAAACAAUCUAAUUAAGUGAUCUGGGUUUCCAAGUACAUUGAUAUGCUUAUCCAUUCAAAUAUAAUGUGUUAUACUGUCAUACUAGAAUUGGAAGAUGGGUUCACAUGCUUUACUUGCAUCACCAUAUAAGAAGAAUCAUGAUGGAUGUUAUUCAUACAAUACAUUACAAAUUUCUUUCUUUUUGGCGUUAAUCACCUGAGUUUGACGUUAUAAACUCAGGUGGAAACUUUAUGUUGGACCAGGUUUCUUAGGUGGCUCUCAUACCGUUUUAGCUUCUUUUUUGUUAAUCUUGCUAGAGAAAAUUAACGAUGAAGUAUUAAGAAAAAAGAUACUAAAGCAUAUUCUUGGUUAUAAAGUUGUAAAAACAAAGGAUAUUGGUUAAUAUCACAGGUCACGGAUGAUAAAAAAUGGGGCAAGGACAGGAUUUUUAAGUACAAAAGUUUUUAUUUAUCUUUGAGGUCAAAACCUCAUGCAAUCUUAUCUAGGAGUUUGAAUUUCUGCUAAAUAGCCUCAAAUCUGCUUCAUAAAAUUCUUGGUCUCUUUAUCAUAUGUUACUUAUUAUUUUUUGUUACAUUUAUGGAUGAUAAUGAGUCUAAUAUGCAGGUUUUGAGGGAAUGUGGGAUUUUUCUGCUUCAUUGAUAGAGAGCUUUUACAGGAGUUUUUAAUAGAUAGGGUAGCUCGCACUUAUUAUUGUAACUUACUGAAUUCAAAAUUUCCACUUGAUUAAAAAAAAAUGUGUUUGCCAUUUUUUGUUGAAUUCUCACGCUUAAGUUGCUUUCUAUGUUAAAUACAUAAGUUAUAAAUAAUUUAUAUAUGUUGAUAACUAAGGAGAGUGGUGCUUGUUUGUUAUCCUUGAUCCGUAACCUUUCCCAUUGCUUCUCGAUUCAGGGAAAAAGCACAUCGACCAUUUCGUUGCCUUGACUGUCAGUACAGGAGAGAGCUUGUUCGGGUAUAUUUAUCAAAUGUAGAGCAACUAUGUAGACGUUAUGUUGAAGAGAAGAGAGGAAAAUUUAGCAAAAUGAUAGAGGAUAAAGUCAGGUGGUCAAGGUAGAGUUAAGCUUUCACUAGCUGACACAUUUAUGAAACCAUUUCUUUUUUCGUUGUUUUAAAUGCCCUGCAAAUUGAUCAUCAACUUCUGUCGCUGUUUGAAGUUUCAUUUAGCUAUUGAUUCCAUUUUCAUUUUUUCAGUUUUCGUACCUUCUGGUUAGGAGUUGAUCAAAAUGGCAGGAGGUGGAUGUCCAGAGACAAAACUGAAGCCAUACUAAAAGUAGUUGUUAAGCACUUUUUCAUUGAAAAAGAGGUUACAUCUACUUUGGUAAUGGAUUCUCUCUAUAGUGGUUUGAAGGCUCUUGAAUGCCAGAGCAAGAAUAAAGGGUCAACUAAAUUACUGGAAGUGGAGGAACUAUCCAUGCCCUUUGUCCAUGUUGAGAAAGAUACGUUCAGUUUGACAGAUGAUGUGCUGUUGCUGCUUGAGAGAGUUGCUUUAGAACCUAUACUGCCUAAGGAUGAGAAGAGCUCGCAAAACCAAAAUCAAAACCGGACAAAGGUAUUAAGUGAAUUCUCCCGUAUAACUUAUGUUGUUUGAUUGAAAGGCUUUUUUGUUCUGGGAGGUUUCUCCAUAGUUUUCUAGGUGGCCACCAUGGUGUUGCCAACAGAACAGGGCAUUCUAGGAGGCAACACUUUUGGGCACAUAUGCGAGGAAGCUAAGAACUACUGGCCUAGGUCAUCCUGGUGCUAUGGCUUCCUUGAUUCUGACUAACCAUUACUUGAAUUAUUCGAUAAAACUAUAUAUUGAUAUACAUUGUUUGAAUUGUAUGCAAAGUAAAGGACGCUGAGGGGAAUAUAUUAUAUGGUUUAUGUUUUGCCUUGUCUUUUUAUUCAAUUGUGUAAACAACUCCAAAGCUAGUUUUGCUUUUUUUUGGAUGUGGAUGCUAGCAAGCAUUCAUGAAAUGUUAAAAGGGAAGAGACUCACAAGUAUACGUACAUGUUCUUUUAGCAAACGCUGUGCGUAAUCUCCAGAGUUAGAACCAAGACAGUUAAGAAAAUUGUAAAACCCACUCUUCUCAAUAUCGAUGAGUUUUGUUCAUCCAUAUUUCAUAUGGUGAUAGUUCGUGUUCUUACUCCGACAGUAAUGAUCAUCAUUGUGUCUACUACCUAAAUUUUUAGAACCGGUCUUUUUGAGGUUAUUGAGGUCAUUUAUCUAUCAACGAAGAUAAUGUGAACUAUGGUUAUGGAAAAUUUUAAUCAAUUGUAUUAUAAUACCACUUCACGACUGUUUCAAAAGUCCAUAUUGUUGAGAGGAGCCUUUAAUAUAUAGCCUGAAAUUAGUUCUUAGAACUACAGUAUCCAUGAUUAUGUCAUUCUUACAGGAUAGCAGUUCUGGAGAAGAAUUCAGUAAAGAUUCUAUUGAGCGUGAUGAAAGGCGGCUUACAGAGCUUGGACGCAGAACGGUGGAGAUAUUCAUCCUGAAUCAUAUUUUUAGGUGGGUUGGUUUCUUCUGUUCGUGUUUUCAUUACUUUUCUAAUCUCUUCAAAUAAUCCUUAAGGAAUUCUACUCGUGUGUAUCUCAUUGUCUGUCGUCUUGGCUGACCCAUAAGCUAACUCUUUCAUUUGUCUCGCAUUAGAAGUAGGUAAUUGCAUGUUAUCUGUGCUCUGGACUUUGAAAUAGUUGGGAUUGGUGGUGUUUGCAUUUUUAUAGUCUCGGUGUUAUUCUGCCUUUAGCAUGGGCAUAUGUUCUUGUGUUAUUAUUUGUUAACCUUAUGAUGAGGUAUGUUUAAUUGAAGAUGCUUUGACAGAUUGGAGGAUUGAUCUCUUUCAUUGAUAAGAUCCAUAAAGACUGGAGGCCCUUGAAUUGUGUAUUCGACAAGAGAAAACGCCAACCAUUAGAAAGAAAAUUGGAUUUGGAAGCAGAGCUUUACAAGCAAUUGAUCUUUGACUUUCUAGGGGAUGACUAGAUUUGUUAUUAAGGGUAAUUUGACGACCGUCAGUUCUCAAGAAGUGCUGGAAGCGAAGAUGGAAGGGUUGAGUCAGAAGUUAGGCUUGAAUUUAAGGGUAUGAAGUAGAACGAACUGUUUUGGUAGAAAUAAUGUAUGAUGCGGGAAAUCCUGACAUAUAAUAGAAGAGUAGUUGAUUAUAGAAUCCAGUCGUUUCUUGUGCAGUUCAGUUCUUAAAAGUUAAUGAUAUGGUGGCAAUAUGCUCAACAGCAUUCAACCAAAUGGAAAUCGUAGCAUGCUUAUUGCAAAGCAAUUUAAUUUCCCGGUUUUUUUCUGUGAUGUCCUAUUUGUCCUUUCUUACAAAUCGUGUUACAAAUCGUAAUUGUACUACAUCUGCUGAAAAGUUUGUUGAGCCCCUGAUUUUCUCACCGAAUUUCUUGUCCAGUGUACUGGAAGAGAAUCUUAAUGGAUUUGGUAUACCUUGCUAAACCUGAGUUCAACUAUAAUUGCCAUUAGUGUCCUUUACUGGUCCUCUGUUAUAUCCUGUUAAAAUGUCAUGUUGAUCUGAUGAAAAAUAGAUCUAGAAAUCUCAGGGUUCGUCUUUUAUUAAUAUUGGAAAUCAUAUUGGAGCAGUCUUUUGUUAUGGAACCAAGAAUGAGGAGACCAAGUGCAAAAGAUAUCCCAUCCCCCCACGUUGUAUUGAACGACUUUGAUUGUAUACAUGGCCCCGGAAAACCUUUUAACAAGUGCUUAUUGAUCAUUUAUCAUGAGUUAUUUCAAGUUGUGGUAGAUGACAUCUAUAUUUGUUUCUUCUUUAAUGCGAAAUUUUGAAAAAGUCAUUGGCAUCUUGAAUCAGCAUUCUGAUGAGUGCAGAAAUCUUGCCAUAAGGCAUGAAGCAUAUGCUGAGUUUGCCUCUAGGAUAUCUGUUGUUUGAAAUGAAAUCCAUUUUAUGUGCACGUUCGAAUGGCACGAUAUUUUGGUCUGAAGAAGAGAGCAUCUAUAUUUAUGCUGUAUAUGCAUUUAACUGUCAACGCUAAUAUGGUUGCAAGAUGAUAAAGUGUACGCUCUGGAGUAAUAAAUAAGUUUUCUGGCCCUCAUAGUACUACUAUGACGACUCUUCUAUGGGUACAAAUAUCUAUCUGUAUGCAAGCUACAGAUGCAUUAGUCAGCUUAUUACACAUAACUGCCGUGGUCAAUGAAAAGAUGGCCUGCUACUCACCCCAUUCCUAUUCGGUUAAAUGAAUGGUUUCUGGGCUUAUUGUAGACUGAUCUGUCUAACUAUUAACCUCUAUGAGGGCACAUGUUGAAAUUAUAUUUAUGCAUAUCUAUUAUCUCUGAAAUAAAUGAAUCUUAAAGAAAAAUAAAUUUUUAUGUGAAAUUUAUGUAACUUACUAUAGCAGGGCUUUACUGCUCUAUUAUGGUCAUUGUUCCUUUUGUUUUUGCGUCUUUUCAAGUGCUCAAUUGAGAUUUGCUGAAGUGUUUAAGGUUAUUUAAUGUACCAGCAGCAGGAUAGAGGUUGCCUACCAGGAGGCAGUUGCCUUGAAGAGACAAGAAGAGCUUAUUCGUGAAGAGGAAGCUGCGGGACAAGCUGAAAUCGAACUUAGGUCUAGGCGUCUUGCUGCUGAAAAGGAGAAGAGAGCCAAAAAGAAGCAGGUUGAUAGCUCAAAUCAUUUCUCUUUACAUUGUCACUAUUAAGUGAUUGGUUGAUUUUAAUAAUUUGUGUGCUUGUGACUGCAACCUUUUGAGGACACUGUUAUUAGCUUCUAUACAGAGCUAAACAUAUGAUGGACCAAUAGUCAUUUUAACUAAAUCUUUCAUAGUUCAGGUGUAAAAACCGUUCAAGUGCUUUCUUUCGUAGCGAACAGCUGGCAUUGGGGUGGCAAAAUAUGUGCACAUGCACUCGUCUAUGUGCUAUGUUCAUGCAUGUGCUUUUUCUUCGUUUUGAUGAAUUGGGUUUAUCAGUUGUCCCACAACUACAGCCCGUUGAAAUAAUUGUACCGUCAAACUCUAAGCCAAUUGAUUAGAAGUAGGCUCAUGUUUUCAUUACUGCCGGUUUAUUUCUUUCUAACAGAUACAAACUGCUCUUCCAUCUCCCUUAUUUGCAUCCCGGUGUUUGAGAUUUGUUACAUGAGCAACAGUAAUGGGGUGCACAUCAUCUAAGCUCAACAAUUGGCUUUGAUAUCAUGCUUAAGUAGUUGCUAAAUUUUCUACUGAUCUAUGCGUCCAGAUUCUAAUGUAUCCAAUGAUCUACAUCUACGAAUUUCCUCUUCAUAUAUUUAUUCGUAAUCUUUCUGUGUAUGUCGGAUCAUCUGACAGCAGUAAAGUAAACGUGGAUUCUCUGUAAUGCUCUGUGUGAAGAUGUCAUUAGUUCAUUGGAUUCAUCGUUUGGCAUUUAUGAAAUUUCGCGUUGAAAAUCGUUACAAAUCUUUGCCAAUUUUUCUGCAGGCGAAACAAAAGCGCAGUACUCGCAAGGGUAAAGAGAGGGUUCGGGAUGAGAAACUUGAUGCAAUGAUGCAUGAGAAAAGCCAGAUGGAGAACAUCUCCGGUGAACGAAUAUUGGAAGAGCUUUCCGAAUAUCAGUCUGUGACUGUUUUGGACAAGAUUGGGACCGUGGGGGAGGUUUCUGAUGUGUCUGACACUUUAGAUGAUGUUGCGGAGACGCUUCAGCCUGAUUUAGAUGAGAGAGAUUCUAGUCCUCUUGCCUGGGACACAGAUGCAUUAGAAAUUCCGCCUCCAAUUGACGCUGCUAUCCGUGAGGUACAGAGUGAGCAUUUCGAGAAAAGGAGUUCAUCUGCUUUGGACGACGGUUCAUUUACAUGCUCAUCAGAUUCGAUUCCUUCUGUUGUGACGAAUGGGCCUUACAAGAAGAAUGCCUUCUCAGUGACUAAAACAUCAAGCUCACCUAUCAGGUAUAUAUAUCAAGUGCAUUCCUAUUUCUGGUUCCUCUGUAAGCACUCAUAUCUUUAUCUUAUAUGGGAUGAUCUUUUCCAGGGGGAAAAUUCAGCAGAAUAAAAGUGCACGUGAUCGGGCCAGCCAAGGCCACACAGAUAAAAUGCAAUCUGAAGCUUCAACUGAUGCUAGUCGUCUGCGUGAUGUGUCCAUUACUUGUAGAGAAACUGCAGCGGAAUCAAAGGUCGUUAUUCCCUCUCCAACAGACAUAGUACAACGCCUUGAGCAACAGAAUGUGGAGAAGGUAGAGCUCUUACAGGUUUUUCUUUGUAUAAGCCUCUUCUUCCUUUGUUGCCUAUGAUUAGAAUGUGUACAUUGGAACCCAUUUUUCUGAAAAAAGAAAAAAAAGGUUUUUCGAUUUAGCUUCUCUGGAUUCUUCAGAUAGCGCCAACACUUUUACUUGAAAAUUGAAUCUGCUAUUUUUCUGACUAGGAAACCAUCCUGGUCUGAAAUUCACACGCUUAUUUGAAUAUUUAUCAAGUUUAACAUUUGUGCUGUAGCUUCAUAGCCUCAUGUUUCUUUUUUCUGUUUGAGACUUGCCUUUUUUAGCUCCUGAUUUCGAUUUGAACAUUACCAAGGUAUUUUUUUCCCACAAUCCGUUUACCUGAAUUUUUGUGAAUUCUGGUUUCUCUGCAAUCACAUCGUCGUCGUUCGUUGGUACCCUUUUAAUCUCCACUAGUGUGGAGGUCCUAUUAUCAAUCACUGAGAACUGUCUUGUAUAUCACUGGGAGUUUUUUCAUUUAGCAUCUCAGUUGAAGCAUUUGAACACUGUCAAGAAAUUCUCGCCUUACGCUAAGUAUUUUGUUGACUCCAGGAAGCGUUUGCAACUGCCCAAAGGAAAGGAACGGUCAAGGACCGGGUAGAUCAGGAUAGACCCUCCAAACCAAAUACCACUGAAAUGCCCUCACCUGGUAGCUCCACGAGAACCCCGAUUCAACAACCGGCGAAGCAGACAGGAGAAAGUAGUAUGUCCACAGCAGAGACGGUAGUGCCCAUUAGAGAGCCAUCUGACAAUAUCCAGAGCCUGACUGAGAAACCGGUUUCUGCUGCUGCAAAGUUACCAUUGAUCUACAAACCGGAGGCAAAGCCAGUAAACCCUACGAAGAUUAUAACAGCACAGCAAGUCUCAGGAUUGACAAGGCCACCGAGUGCUCCCCUCAUCCCUGGCCCAAGACCAACAGCACCCCUUGUCUCGACAGUCCAGCAAGGUCCUCUAUUGUCACGGUCUGUGAGCGCAGCUGGCCGUCUGGGAGCCGAUUCAACUGUGCCAACAACCCAUGGUAAUGUCCUACAGUCCUACAGAAAUGCUAUAAUGGGCAAGACGACCAUGGGCGCCGGUGCUCCCAGCUAUACCCCUCGUCCAUCUCCAAGCCUGGCAAGCCAUAAUGUUACAUACUCUCAGUCCUUGCCGUCAUUUGUGCCAUCUUCACCCGUGACUCUUCUUCAGAAAUCUGCUAGGGUGGAACAAAGUUCGGUAAGGCCAGGGCUCACCUUUGGGUCCGUAAAUCCAGAGGCUUUGCAGAACAGGCAUCAGUGGGCAGAGGAGCCAUUACAGCAGCUGCAGGCCACAUCGAGGGGGAGGAUGCAGGAUACGAAUCUUGUCAGCAGCAUCCGGGCGCUCGACAUCAGUGGGUCUGUUUCUCGUUCAUACUUCUUCGACGAAGCGGCUCUGCCAUUGCCGGCCCGCCAGCCUGUGGGCGUCACCCAAGAUGAGUUUCCCCACCUUGACAUUAUAAAUGAUCUGCUUGAUGAAGAGCAGACUGUUGGGAGGCAGGGAUUGAAUGGAUACCCGCAUCAGCAUCAUCCCACCCUCAAUCGGCAGUACACAUUUCCUCGCGAGAUUUCAAGUUCCAUCGACGUGGGUGCGUCAAACGGCAGCCGCUACUUCAACCAGAUGGGUCAGUGCUAUGAUGAUGGAAUCCAGAGGAUGUAUGGCUCGCCCAGCAGCCAUUUUGAUGGGCAGCGAGGGGGCUACUCCUCUGACCUGUUGGACUACUCCGCCUAUGUGAAUGGUCGGCUGGAUGGGGUUGGCCAGGGCCAGUGGCCGAUGGGUGGUGCCGCAGAUCAUCCGCCAAUGGACGCCAAUGGGUAUCCUUAUCAGCAUCCUGAUUCUCCAGAUUUGGCUUGUGGGCUAAAUGGAUAUGGGAUGUAUCGACCUGCAAAUGGGCUCUGA